GUCACACUGCUGGCGCGCACGGAAAUUUCGCGCAAUAAUACGAAAUCAAAACAUGACCAGCUCACGCAGCCAUGUCAGCAUGCAGAGCAAGUACGACCGAGUGGUCCUGCUGGUGGACAUGGACUGCUUCUUCUGCCAGGUGGAGGAGAAGCAGCAGCCGGAGUACCGCAAUCGACCGCUAGCCGUCGUCCAGUACAAUCCGUGGCGCGGGGGCGGCAUCAUUGCGGUAAACUAUGCGGCUCGCGCGAAGGGAGUGACACGCCACAUGCGCGGCGACGAGGCCAAGGACCUGUGCCCGGACAUUGUGCUCUGCCAGGUGCCCAAUAUCCGGGAGAAGGCGGACACCAGCAAGUACCGCGACGCCGGCAAGGAGGUGGCCAAUGUGCUGCAGCGCUUUACGCAGCUCCUGGAGCGCGCCUCCGUGGACGAGGCUUAUCUGGACAUCACGGAGACCGUGAAUCUGCGAAUGCAGCAGAUGCAGAGCGGCGCCUUUGCUCUUAAGCCCCAGGAACUGGUGAACACCUUCGCCGUGGGCUAUCCCAACAUUGGCGACUACGUCAACAAGAUCACGAACCGCUUCGCCAAUCCCUACGUGGACGACGAACGCUUCCAGAUGUCCUACGAUCAAAACGACCUUCCCGCCGUCCGGCAGAGCGACAUACGACUGCUCAUCGGCGCCUCUGUGGCCGGAGAGGUGCGGCUGGCGGUCAAGGAGGAGACCGGCUACGAGUGCUCGGCGGGAAUAGCGCACAACAAGAUCCUGGCCAAGUUGGCGGCCGGCAUGAACAAGCCCAACAAGCAGACCAUUCUGCCGCUGGCGGAGACCGCUGCUCUCUUUGAUUCCCUGCCCGUGGGCAAGAUCAAGGGUUUGGGCGGCAAGUUCGGCGAGGUGGUGUGCGAGACCCUGGGCAUAAAGUUCCUGGGCCAGGUGGUCAAGUUCACGGAGGCCGAGCUGCAGAGAAAGUUUGAUGAAAAGAAUGGUACCUGGCUCUUUAACAUCGCCCGCGGCAUCGAUCUGGAGGCAGUGACUCCGCGCUUCUACUCCAAGAGUAUCGGCUGCUGCAAAAAGUUUCCGGGCCGGAACAACAUUACGGGAUUGAAAACGCUGCAGCACUGGCUGGGCGAGCUCUCCUCUGAGAUCAACGACCGGCUGGAGAAGGAUUUCAUCGAGAACAACCGCAAGGCCAAGCAUAUGGUGGUACAAUACGUGCAGGACAUUGACGGCGAGGAGGUGGCCAGCUCCCGAUCAACAGCGCUCAAGGAUUACGACCAGGAGUCCAUCGCGAAAUAUGCCCUGGACCUCAUCAAGGCCAACACUAAGACGUUUUUGCGCUCCGGCAGCGAUUCCGUUUUGAACAAUGCCAUCAAGUUCCUUGGCAUCAGUGUGGGCAAGUUCGAAACCGUCUCGAAUGCCCAGAACAAGCUGCAGGAGAUGUUUGCCAACCAGGCUGCCAAAAAGCGAAGGGUCAGCGUGGAGGAGGCAGUGCAGCCGCCAAAGGUCCAAGUGCCAGCUAAGCCAAAGCAGACGGAGGAGUCUAAGAUGAAGAACUUCUUCGCCAACUACCUGCAGGGGGCGAAAAAGGAGGAUACAAAGUCAGAAGUCCAACCUGAGGAGCACUUAACUGCUGCUGAACAAAAGAAGAGUUUCGUCGAAGAGUACAAACAAAAACUCCAUGCGGCCACAAAAACCGAAUCAGCAGCGGAGGGAACGACUCCCACCUCAACGCCGCCAGAGUUAAAGGAAAGUUUCUUUUCCCAGUACCUGAAACAACAAAAAGCUACUCGUCAGCAUGAGUCUGAGGCAGCAGGCGAAGACUCAUCGGACAUGCUAAACUUGGCCGAAGAACUGGACGCCAUUGAGGCUAGUAACACAAAAGAUUUUGAUGCAGACACUGAAGAGGAGACGGACUUAACUAAGAAUACCUUUAAAUCAGUGGCAAACGAAUUACCUUCCACAUCCAAAAAUGCGCAAGAGAGACCAUCUUUCAAAGCUCCGCCAGAGAAGCAAACAACACCUUCCAGUGCUACAGCAGAAAAGGAACUAUCCGAAUCCAAUAACGAGAAUAUGGAGCACUGCGAUCGCCUUAAGCUCCCUCCUCUCACUGAAGAAGAACUGCUGCCUUCGACUUCCAAACGGAAAUUCGACGAACUGGACAGUUCUGACAAAAACUACAAGCAAAGUUACGCAGAGUUUGCAGUCCCCGAGCUUCGCAUCGAUCUUCUACCGAUGGUCAAAUGCGAUCAGUGCGGAGCUAGUAUACCCGACGACGUCAGAAGCCUGCAAACGCAUAGGGACCAUCACUUCGCCCAGGAGUUGAGUCAACAGCUGCGAAGCAGCGAGCGGGAGGAGCGGAUGCAGGGUCGCCAGAAGGUGUCGCCCAAACCCACGCCACCGAAGAAGGUUAAGAAGACGGCUGGUUCUGCUAGCGUGGCCAAUACCACAGUUCGGUCCACCAACAGCAUUACCAAGUUCUUCAGCGCCAAGCCAACCCAGGAGCAACCUUCUAGCGACUCGCAAAUGCAGCAGUGCACCGAGUGCAAGGCUUACAUCAAGAGCGUGGACAUGCCGGAGCACCUGGACUACCACGUGGCCAGAAACUUGCAGCGAGAACUGAACCAGCAGGAUCUGCGCACGCGAACUGCGGCCCUUGGCAAGGAGAAGACUUCACCGGCUCAGCCAAAGAAGCAAAAACAAGGGCAGUUGAACAACACAAUUGCCGCCUCCUCAAGUGGAAACAAGACAAUUGCCCAGUUUUUUAGCCAAAGGAAUUGAUUCCCAUCCAUGCCAUCCAGUUUAAUCUAGAUUAGUUACUAAGAAUGGACCACAAACAGCUUUAGUUUAACACUCGAACUUUUGAUUUCUAUAAGAUUUAAGCGAAAGCAAAGUUAAGAACACACCUUUUGUUUUGGGAAUUUAUCAAACUUGAAUGAAAUUUUUUUCUUUUUUUUUAAUUCCAAACAAAAAACACAAAAUAUUUUGAUUGUGCAAAUAUCUAUAUGUUUUGCAAAUCAGGCUCUGGACAGCAAAAUUGAUUUGUGAAUUUUUUUGUUUUGUUAUUGCUGCCAAAUAUAAAUAUUACGCAGUUAAAUGAGAAAUGAAGAUUUUUUAUGUUAUUUGUAAAUUGAUUCACAUUUAUAAGUUCUGACAAGCAAGUCAGUUAAUGAAACGCACAUAUUUUUAAUUGUACAUUCUUCAUUUUCUAUAACCUUAGGCUUAAGUAUGAAUGUUGAUCAUUACCACUUCCAUCCAUCAAUUUCAAUAAAUCAAACCCAGUGCUCUGUUAAUGCUAUAAAA